AUGAAUCAGUUUCAAACGGAACGACGUCUGUGUUGGAGUUACUUGUUUGCGGCAGUACUGCUUGCUGUGUCAGUUUUGUGCAUUGGAAUACCAUACAACCACUGGCGCACGACCCUCGACGUGUGUCCCGGUGGAUACUUUGAGAAUACGAACUGUGGCUGUAUUUUAUAUGGAGUGAGCACUUUCCAGUACUUCAAUGGUGGCCAUAACUCUUACUGCUUGUACGCAGUAUUCGCCCCACUGCCUGUAAUUGCGUAUGCCGUGAUUAUGGCCCUGUUUCAUAUGUACAGAGUGUGUAUUAAUAAUAUUGGACAGUAUGAGGAUGAAAAGUCUACAACUAUGGAGGAAAUAGAGGGUGAGUCAAUAGUAGUGAGUACAAGGACGAGAGUGAGCAGGAACAAUGAUGCGGUUAUAUAUUGCUGGAUCCCCACGUCUAGUAUAGCGGCCCUGUUUGCAGUGUACUCACUCGUGCAUGCUUCUAUUGUGACCGCUGGGUUUAUUAAGACAUGCACUCAGUACAGAGGAUAUUUAGUGAGAGAGCUCCGUGCCACUGGGGACCAUGCAACCGCAAUACAUUUCCGACUGGCAUGCCAAGCAAUUUUCGACUUUAUGGACUACCUACAAAAGGAUGCACCGAAUAGCAGACGAGGUGAUUUCAUCAACACUGGUGUGGCAUUGCAACUUGCAAUAUUUUGUGCAUGGGCAUCUGUAGCUAUAUGGAUAGCUAUUGUCAUAUACACUGCAAUGAGGGCCUACAGAGAGCGACAUGUACUCACAUGCUGUGGGAACUAA